AUGUUUGGAACGCUUGUCUCAGCCAACUUUGAUCGAGAAACGCUGGAGUAUAUUGAAAAUCCAGAUCCUGUUGCAGCAGUCAGCCGUACUGUCCAGGACAAGAUACGCAUUGCUUGCAUAAUUUGCCGCUCUAGAAAGGUUCGUUGCUCUGGAGAAGGGAAAAGAUGCCAAAGAUGUAUAUCAAUGGGACUCGAGUGCGUAUAUCCGAAAUAUCAGGGCCGCAACAAACGACGGGAAAGGAACAAAGCCCGUCGGACAACGAUUCGGCGUGGCAAGAAUAUCGCAACCAGGACUGUGUGUGAUGAAGCAGAACCCUGCGUCAGAAAUGAUCAGGCCAAGUACAGCGAAGAAUUAGUAGUGGACGACUUUGACGAUACAACAUUCGCAGACAGCUCCUUUGACGAAUCUCUUUUUGCACCUUGGAUUAUGGAUACCGCCAUGCAGAGCAAUAUAAACGCUAGUUCGGAAUCAAAUACCAAUAAGAAUUCAACUUCCACUGUUGAUACCACUGUUGAUAUCGCAACAAAUGAAUCAUCUUUAUCGCCAAAGUCUUGUAAUGCCACGGCGGUGUCACCUAUUCAACUUCUGGAUCUGUCAACAGCGGAAAUAUCCAUGACAUCGUUACUUAGACCGUCAACUGCUGGCGGGACAGAUAGUUUUGAAUCAUUGGAAGGAUCCCACACCACGUACGGUGAUGUUGCUUGGACAAUAAAUGGCGAUGGAAACAGCACGGCAGGCUCAACGCCAGGUCCGUUGUUACUCGACCCUUGUGGCAAAGCUCACACAAAAUCCGAUGGUUGUUGCUGCCUGCUGAACUCCAUCUCAUUUCUCGAGAGGUUGACCUCUAGAUCUACUUCGCAUGAGAACCGUAUUGAUCUAUUACUCGCCGACGUUCGCAAUUCCAUUGAGACUUUGGCAACAUUUAUAUCGUGUGAGAGAUGUGCGGUUAGAGUAGAGCAAGAUAUUCUACUUGCCAUGGCGGCCAGGCAAAUAAGUAUCAUCUGCGGAAAGACGGCCAACUGCUACAAGACCAUGCGCUUAUGUGCCCUCGGCAAAAAUGCAUCUGUUGGCGCGGUUGAUAUUUCCGUGUCAACCUACCGCGUCAACCAACAUGAGAAGUUACACUUACUCGGAAGCUUGGUGGCUCUACAAAUUCUAGAGUGUCAGCAGCACAUUAAUACGAUCAAGGCUCGGUAUCGCGAUCGGCCAAGUAAAGGCCACGCGGAGGCCCUGAUUGAAGCAGAGAACCAUAUUAAGCUAGCACGGGUCACUAUCAGCAGCUAUUUAUGA